GAAAUGAACUUCAGAGAAGGGGAACACACAGCUGAGAAGACAAAGGAGAGGGCAGGAGUGAAGGAGAGAGCCGAAUCCAGGGGCUCCGAGAUGGUCAGAGGAUGGGAGACGGGGCAGUGAAGCAGGGCUUCCUGUAUCUUCAGCAGCAGCAAACAUUUGGAAAGAAAUGGCGCCGCUUCGGGGCCACGCUGUAUGGAGAGUCGGACUGCGCCUUGGCCCGGCUCGAGCUGCAGGAGAGCCCGGAGAAGCCGCGUCGGGGUGAGGCUGCCCGGAAGGUCAUCCGCCUCAGUGACUGCCUGCGGGUGGCUGAGGCCGGCGGAGAGGCCAGCAGUCCCCGGGACACCAGUGCCUUCUUCCUGGAGACCAAGGAGCGCCUGUACCUGCUGGCGGCCCCCACUGCGGAGCGCGGCGACUGGGUGCAGGCCAUCUGCCUCCUGGCCUUCCCCGGGCAGAGGAAGGAGCACUCGGGGCCAGAGGGAAAGCAGAGCCGGCCGUGCAUGGAGGAAAAUGAAUUGUACAGCUGCGGGGCCACAGUUGGCCCCCGCAAGGAAUUCGCUGUGACCAUGAGAUCUACAGAAGCCAGUGAGAGGUGCCACCUGCGGGGGUCCUAUACCCUCCGGGUCGGGGAGAGUGCCCUGGAGCUGUGGGGUGGGCCUGAACCAGAAACCCAGCUGUACGACUGGCCCCACAGGUUUCUGCGGCGCUUUGGGCGGGACAAGGUAACCUUUUCCUUUGAGGCAGGCCGGCGCUGCGCCUCUGGAGAGGGCAACUUUGAGUUUGAAACCCGGCAAGGCAACGAGAUCUUCUUGGCCCUGGAAGAGGCCAUCUCUGCCCAGAAGAAUGCCACCCCCGCUGCACCCCAACCCCAGCCAGCCACAAUCCCUGCCUUGCUGCCCCGGCCUGAGAGCCCCUACUCCCGGCCCCAUGACUCACUGCCGCUGCCUUCACCCACCACACUGGUGCCUGCUCCACGGCCUCCGGGCCCGGAGGGGGAGUAUGCUGUGCCCUUCGAUGCAGUGGCCCGUUCCUUGGGGAAGAACUUCAAGGGCAUCUUGGCAGUCCCUCCUCAGCUCCUGGCUGACCCUCUGUACGACAGCAUUGAGGAGCCCCCGCCCCCUCGACCCGACCACAUAUAUGAUGAGCCCGAGGGAGUGGCUGCCCUGUCCCUGUAUGACAGCCCGCAGGAGCCCCAGGGUGAGGCCUGGAGGAGGCAGGCAACAGCUGACAGGGACCCCGGUGGCCUCCAGCAUGUCUACCCAGCUGGGCAGGAUCUCUCUGCCUCUGGCUGGCAGCCAGGAACUGAGUAUGAUAAUGUCGUACUUAAGAAAGGCCCAUAGUGACAGAAGCAGCAGAGGGAUGGCCCACCAUCCCCCAUCCCUGGCUUCUGCUGGUGACUCCUCAUGGCCACAGCAUCAGAAGACCCUCCUCUGCCCCUCUGGAGCCCGAGGUCUGGCCUGCCUUCCUUGGGGCCGAAACACUGCCUCUCUCAGGGCCUGCUGGGUGAGUGACCAUCCCAAAGCAGGAAGGGCGUCCUGGAGGACCCAGCCUCCUCCCACUCUUUUUCCACUUCCUCCUCUCUUUCCCCAGCUGAGGGGGAACCUGGGGCAUUUAGGGCAGAGGACAAAAGGAUGUCAGCAAUUGCGUGGGCUGCUUGGCUCUGCAGGCCUCCUGACUGCUGAUGGCCACUUCAGGGACAGCCCGGGCCCAGGCACCCAGGUGGGUGGCGGCAGCUUCCUCAGCUUUCAGAUUGCUCAGUGGCAUUAAAGCACUUU